AUGAGCCUGAACGGAAAGAUCCCGACGGGCCGCACCUUUCUUGAUCACACGCUCACCAACAGAAACUUCAAGCAGAUCCAGAGUCCCUCAGCCCAGCGACUCAGGAUGCGCUGGCGGGAUCGUCUGUCACCCUGCGCCAGUCAGUCCCCAAGAAACGGACCAAAUGUCGUUAUUUCGCCACCAAAAAGGGAGCUUUUGUUCGCUGAAUCGGGGUUGUUGCUUUCCUUUCAAAAGGCCAUCUCGGCCUGGGCUAUUGUACUGGCUUCUCCGGUGACUGACCUGGACGAGAGCGAGAGAGCGAUUGGCGAUGAUCAUGUUGGGGGCUUGGAACGUGCAGACUUUUCUGCGAGAUGCCGUGCUGGCGCUGAGUGCCCAUUCAUUCACGAUGCCGCCGUGCGAGAUCAGAAGAAAGACGCGCCCCGCGAGUCAUCCGAACCGAAGGCCUCAACUUCAAGUACAAAUGUUGGCGAUACCGCUGGCUCUGGUUGUUCGGACGCGAAUGCGAGCACGUCAAAUCAAGCCGUAACCAAAUCGAUUGUUGCUCAAGUGACGAGGCCAGUCUCCAAAGUCGAGAGAAAUGACCCAAGAGAAUUCCAGCUCAAUCAAUUAAGACGCCGCUUUCGCCCACAGCAAGAGGAAGUUAUUGAUGGUACCAAAUUCACCUUUGAUUUGGUCCCUUCUGAUCCCGAUUUCCCUUUUGAGCUGGAUGCUUUGAAGUGCAUCCUUCAUGUACCAUCAACGUAUCCUGACAAGGGCCGGCCCAAACUGUCAGUAACCAACACUGAAAUGGAGGCUGCGUUUCAGAACAAUGUAUCGAGGGGGUUCGAUGACAUUGUCGACUUUGCAAUUCGAACGAACGCGCGUGGGACCUUGCUUAAUUGGGUCAAUACCCUAGACAGGCAACUUGAACGGCUUCUGACGACCUUGGAACGAGGUCCGAAGCUGACCUUUGUGGCCAACACUGGCAGCGUCGAUGCUACGGAAGACAGAAAAGAGAAAGCAGAUACAAAACCAGUCAUUCCUGUGGCAUCUCAAGCAGUCUCUUCGGUUUCGGCGUCCGCAAAGCCAAGUUCGCAAGGCAAGCCCAUCGCUAUCCGACCAAGUUACACGUACGAGCAAAAGUCCCAGGCAGAGAAACGGAGAGCAAUGGAGACGAAACAACUCGAGGCCCGUCUGGGUAGACUACCGCUGUUCCAGAAACGCUCCGAGACUGUGUUCAUGAUUCCAAUUCAACCAGCCAAGCCGGACCGUUUACCAAAAAGUCUUCAAUUAGUCAAGAUGGUGAAGUUGAUUAUACCGCAACUCUAUCCGCUCGAGCACAGCUCCAUCGAGUUACAAGGCUCGAGCGAAGCCGAGGCACGUUCGGUUGAGAUUGGCUUUGCACAAUGGGUCGACAAGAACUCCCAGAUGAAUCUUGUUUCACAGAUCAAUUACCUUGCGAGCAAUAUGUUCAAUUUUGCAAAGACUCCUCUCCCCGAAGUUGCAGAACAAGUGAAGCUUGAACAUGUUACCGAGGAGCAGGAGAGCCCAGCCGAGAAAGCCGAGCCUGAAGUACCCCUCACAGGGAAGGGAGACAAACCACAUCUCCAUGUUAUCCCUCGUCCGCCUGAGUGGUCCGUCGCUGAACAAGACAGUGGGACUGAUAUGACCGAUGGCUCGAGCUAUGAGGAAGACUCCGAUGAGUUUGAGGAGAGUCAAGGGGAAUCAGAAGAAGGAGGUGCCCCAAUUCCCGCAGUAACUGAUACACCGGGCCGUGGAGUGGCGCUCUCCUUCCCUUUCAUGGAGCUCUAUGGUAUCGAGCUUUUGGAAAUAGCCCACCUUGCAAUCACUAUCAAGUGUGAACGCUGCAAGGACUCCAUGGAUUUCAAGAACGUCGCUCAGCUCACCGAUUCGAAAGAUGUGCCCAAGGUCGAGUCGUGCAAAAAGUGCGCCAAUUCGAUGAGUGUCGGAUUCCGGAAGCAAUUGAUGCAUUCCCACGCCAAUCGUGCCGGCUAUCUUGAUCUAGAUGGCUGUACGGUUCUCGACAUGCUUCCAAGCAACUUCAUUCCAACUUGCUCCGAAUGCUCCACCGCCUACCACGCCCCAGGCGUCUCAGCCGUACGCGGAGAAAGCGCCAUGGCAAUUUGCCGGCACUGUCACCGAAAGAUGGUAUUCAAGCUGCCCGAGGUCAAAUUUCUGGUGGUAGGAAGUGCGGCAAUGUCUUCACGGGCCGCUCUCCCCUUGAAAAAGCGGCCCAAGGAGGUCCUUGGCAUCGUUGCAGGACAGGAACUUCCUCGUCGAGGCCGGUGCCAACACUACGGGAAGAGCUACCGCUGGUUCAGGUUCAGCUGCUGUGCUAAAGUUUUCCCAUGUGACAAGUGUCAUGACCAACAGACUGAUCAUCCUAAUGAACACGCCAACCGUAUGAUCUGUGGCUUUUGUUCUCGAGAACAAAUUUAUCGUCCCGAAAGCUGUGGAAUUUGCAAGGCUGGGCUUGUGGGUAAGGCUGGAAGUGGAUUCUGGGAAGGGGGCAAGGGAACUAGGAAUCGAGCUCUCAUGAGUCGUAAGGAUCCCCGCAAGUACAAGAGACGUGGAGCCAACGUGCCCGGUGGGACGAGCUCGAAGAAGAAGUAG